CGUAAUUAAACAAUAAGGUUGUUACAAGUUGGUUAGAUCAGACGAGAUACGAUAUAUGUAAUAUCGUGAUGAGAAUACGAUAUUUUAGCGUUAAGUUAACGCUGGAGAUAUAUUGAAUUAGACGUCGGUGGUGACACGUGUUGGCAUCGCACAGGAUCCAUUACUCCAGUUCACUAAUAACGGUUGCAGCCGAUCAUUUCCUUUCCUUUCCAGCGGAAUUUGCAAACCUCUCUGCUUCGCCGUCUCAUUGGAGAUCAGAAAAUAAGCUCAGAGAUAGGAAAGAGGGGAAUCUACUCAUUAGAGAAAACCAGAGGGAAGCAGAGAUCUAGAUCCGUCCAAUUUCCCGGCGUUCUGGAUUCCCGCCGUCGACGAAAUGUCUUGCCUCGCUCUCUCUCUGCAACCGGCCAAUGGAUCCGACAUUCUGAUCCAAACCAGAGAAUGGUUCCCUCCGGCGCGAGCCCUAGUCGCAACCUCCGCCUUCCGCCAGACUCGCCUGGCCUUCGCCGCCACUAAACACCCCGCCGCCAACCACCACAACCGCUCCUCCUCCGCCGAUGACUACGCCUCUUCUGUAUCGUCCGAUUCCCUCUCUUCCCUCGGCGACGACCCUCUCGCCGCCUCAAGCGGCCAGCUUAUUGUCGGCGUGGAGAGCCAGUAUCGCGUGGUUUACCGCCUCGUCAAUGGGAUCUACGUCCUCGGGAUCACGAUCGCCGACCACGACAACUCCGUCAACGUCUUCGAGUGCAUCCACAUCGUCAACCAAGCUGUAAGCGUAAUCGUCUCGGCCUGCCGCGGCGUCGACGUCACGCCGGAGAAGCUGAGCCGGAAGUACGCCGAGAUCUACAUGGCGCUGGACAUCGUCCUCCGAGGAGUGAGCAGCAUCCGGUUGGCGGCUAUGCUGGCUUCGAUGCACGGCGAGAGCAUCGCGAAAAUGGUCCAUUCUGCGCUGGACACGGAGAGCAAGGUUCGCGGUGGGGACAGCUGGCUUGCGGUGGAAGGUCACGCGAUUGAGCACGAGGGAAGCGUGGAAGCGUUCUCCAAUGCAAUGUUUGAGUUACCACCGGAGACACUCGCUGCCGGAGAUGAAGUAGCGGCCAGCCUUGCCCCUGCGGUUGUGGAGCAAUUGGAGAAGAAGGAAGAGAAAGAGGAAGAGAAGGAUGUACCAAAAGAUCCUUUUGCCGCGAGUGAGGCGGUAAACAAACAGGAAGAUCUUGCUGGUGAGUUCAAGAAGGAUAAGAGCCAGGCUAGCGAUUUGACACUUGCUUUGGCUGGGCUGGAGGUUACGACAUUACCACCUGCUGAAGCUACGCAAGCUACUCGUAUUGCUGUGGAGGGGUUCGAAGGGGAUUAUGGUGGAAUUGAGUUCAGCAAUGAACAGACUUCCCUGGGAGAGACGUUUGAAGGGUUUAGUGAAGCUUGGGGUGGUGGAUUAGAUGCAUCAGAAUUCGUAGGCACAAAGAAAAUUCCAAAGCAGCAAGGUCUCGGUGGAUUGGAAUUGCUUCAAACAGGUGCUGAUCCUGCCGUGGCAGCAAAGGCUGCUGCAGCUGGAGGUGGAGAUACUCCUCUUGAGAAUCUCUUGGUCCAUAAAACCGAAAUGAAGGGACCCGAAAUGUACAUCGUUGAAGAAAUUAGUGCUGAAUUUAGAGAAUCACUGCUUGCUAGAGUUGGGUUGAUGGGUGUAGUUUAUUUGAAAACAUUACCAACCAAACAGGCUGGCGAAAAAGAAACAGAGUUUUCGUUCCAGGUUGACAACACAAAACCUGUCAAGCGGUUUGUUAUGCACAGUUCAAAGAUCAGUAGCCUUGGUAAUGGAAUGUUUCAUGUUAGGACUGCUGCCUCAGAUGAACCUAUACCGAUGUUGAAGUAUAGUUUGUUGCCUAAGUCGACUCCUUUGCCAUUGAGGGUUCGUCUAGUUCAACGUCAUAGUGGGACCCUUUUCUCUGUCAUGAUCCAGUAUGUCUCAAAUCCAGAUUUGCCUGCACCGUUGAAGGAUGUGACAUUUGUUUUGAAGUUGCCUGUUGAUCCGACUUUGUUGAAGGUUUCACCCAAAGCAGCAUUGAAUAGGUCUCAGAAAGAAUUGAAAUGGGUUUUGCCAGAGAUUCCACUUAAAGGUGCUCCUGGUAAAUUGAGGGUGAGGAUGCCUGUUGACUCGAGUGAAGGAGAAGGUGAUGAAGAGAUAGAGGCAGUUUGUUAUGUUAAGUUCUCCAUGGAAGGAACUACCUCAUUAUCAGAGAUUUCUUUGCGGCCUGCCUCAGAAGGGAAUACUGACUUCUAUGAGGUUAAUCACAGGGAUAGUAUAAUGCAUUGUACUGAGCGACGUGGGAUGUCAUCUGGUGCUGUGGGAGGAAUGUUUGACUAGGUAUGUUAGGAAGAAGGAUCCAGCAAGUGUCAUCAUGAUUUCAUGUUGCUAGUUUAGGUGAAAGAACAGUUUACAGGUGAACUACAUUAGGAAACUUAUUGGCAGAACAUUGCAUGAACUAGAAAUCUGCUGCUGCUGCUUUAAACCUCGUCCUUUAUUUGGACCGACAGUGCUGAACAUGUCUGUUCGUUGAUUUUUUCGUUACACUAUCGUCCUUGGUACUUAGUGUUUGGCUUGCAGAAUUUUGUUUUGUAGUGGGCUUGUAUAACAUGGGGUUUGAUAUGUGACCUAGAUAUUUGUGAACUCUCCUAUAAAAACAAAAGAUUCCAAACUUGUGCAGCUCUAAGAUUUUGCUCGGGAAUUACUGAAGUUCGCACAUUGCAAGCAUGUCAUUGUCACUAUACGGAUUAGUGUGUUUUCAUGUAUGCUAGGUGGUAACAGGUCUACCUGGUGAAGAGAAUUUCCAGCUGUGCAUGUUUGUUAUUUAGUUUGAUACUGUUGCUUAGUUUACCAUGUAUGAUGAUCUGAAGAUCCACUAGCAAAUAUGACCGAGAAGUGAUCCAAACUCUAUGCUGGCUCUUUGAGCUUUGUUGUUAUAUUGUUUGGACUUUGGCAACAUGCAGGUUUUGAAGGUUGACUAGUCCGGCUUAAGACUGCUGUUAGGCUAUGCUGGCCCUUUGAGCUUUGUUGUUAUAUUAUUUUGGGACUUUGGCAACAUACAGUUUUUGGAGCUUGACUAGUCAGGCUUAAGUCUGCUGUUAUAUUGGUUCACGGGGCUGGAAAUGUAAAUAUUUGUCAAGUUUGUGAAUAUUGAGUUUUGACGGUGAUUGAGUUCUGAAUUGCCUCGAAGAUUAGGAGGUAAAGUUUCUGACAUUUGCAACUUAUCAUGAUUCCCGGAGCAGCAUUAACUUGUUUGGUUUUCCAUUACGUUGUAUGUGCUGGUGAUUUAGCAUUAUUGUCUUGUUAUCUUCAUUUAUGUUUCAGCCAGGAACAGAACCAACAUAUUUAUGGAAAGCCAUGGUGUCUUGAUUGCUGGUAAUCAUCGAUAGCUAUUCCUCGCAACUAUGCUGAACUUUCCUAGUGAGGGUGCUAGCUGUCUAUCUGCAAGUUCCGGUUUGCUGCCAAUCUAAUGAAAUUGUGCUCCUGUGCUUGCAGAAGUAAUCUUUGUGUUCUGGAUACUCUUAAUCUAGAACUGAAGGCACUUCUUAGAACCAAACAGAUUAUUUGUACUCCCAUGAAGAGAGUGAUAGGAGAAGACAGAUUAUCCAUAUUGCAACUUUGGAGAUAGAGAGCAGAAUAAAUCCAAUAAGUUAACAGGAGUUUGCCGAGUAGGAGGCUGCCUAAGUCAAUGUGACAAACUGGACAAGUGUCUAAAUCCUGAUGCCGUAUCUUCUUGUGUUAGUAUCUUCUGUAACCUGCAGGGAUCGAUGGAUGAGCCUUUACUCUCUUCAGCUCGGAGAAGACGCGCACACUAGAAGAUAAUAGGUGAGUUUUUUAACACCGUCCAAUAUGUCAUUUGACUCAGGGUCCCUUGCUCUCGAAGAGCCCUGACGUUACUUGUUUGGCUCAUCGACCCCUCUCGGUCUCCAACCACAAUGUUGUAAUAUAGGCUCAUCUCUUUCUCUUUUUGAGUACAAAUGGUACGUCUCUCUCUGUCUCUAGAGUACUCAUGGUAUGUUUGGUUCUACGGAGAGUACCACAGAUGGAAGGAGGAAUGAGCUUGGAAUUGUAUCGACUGAGCUCUUGGCUGGUAGAGAGAGCUAGAGCAUUAAUAAGUUCUGAUAUUCAGAAAGAAAAAGGUACACCUAUUUUUAUUGAUAACCAAGUCUUUCUGUUCAGCAAUAAGUUCAUAUAUUUUGAUGUUGGCACUAUUUUUAGGAACGCGAUAUUCAUGCCUUAGUCUCCCCCAUAACUAAAAGAAGAAAUGCAAAGGGGGCCGCCACUAAGGUGAGUUGCUUUCAUCUUUUGUAGUUAAUAUCCUGAAAUCUUCCCUAACAUGCUACUACUCUGUAGCAUGGAAAUGGUUGACAGAAAGAUCAGCAACUUUGUUCAUGCAUUCACACAUCAUCUUCCAUUAUUGCUCUCUCCUUGAGUGGUCACUUAAGUGGCUUCCCCUGGUCUUAAAAAGUCAACAGUCCCGAGAUUUCGACAUCGCCCAGAGUGUGGUUUGUCUCUGCUUUCUUGCUUUCUUUCAGACUCUUUGCUGCUAGACUGUAGUUGGUAUUACUGUAGCCCAUGCCCCUAAAUUCGUGGUGUCUAAUGAUUCCUUUUUUUAUGGUCCUAAUCAGGAUUGGCAGCUACUUAUAGAAAAAGAACAAAAGAACGGGCGGCUUCCCGUCUCCUAUCAAUGUACCUUAUGACAAACAGUGUGCUGCUAGAUUAUAGCCACUAAUCUGUGAUCAAGUUUUCUCUGUUUCAGAUUUUUUUAAGAUCCUACGACAUGGUAGAUCCCCUGAGAAAAGGGUGAAGGAAAGAAUUUCACACUCUACAGCAUCUAUCAGCCUGGAACCCUCAUUUCAUCAGCCGAUUUAAUUUGCAGGUUGAAGAUCACUUUAAUCUUUCUGUUUGAUCCAUGAGAAUGAAACGACUUUCUUCCUUAGUUCAUCCACUUCGUCGACACUAGAUCGUUCGUUGUCGCUCGUUAUGCAUUUACUUACACUUGAUUACUGCCCAGGUGCGCAUCUGAGUUCCUCGCCGCUGGGGGAAAUGAACAGAGGUCUGGAACGAUGCGCUGGACGCCAUAAUCAGCCUGCAAAAAAGAUGCUGUAAUUGAAGUAUUUGGUCAAACUCUAAUCAUUGAUUCUCUUUCUCAUGCAAAUUAGUUCUCUAAUCGGAAGAAGAAAACAAAACGAGCUCAGUUUCCAUGAUAACAGUAACAACGACAAAAACUUAGUUAUCAAAUAAUUAACGGGCAAUAAUGCUAUGUGCUAUUUGGAACAAUUCAAUAGGAUGGUUGCUUUUUAUUGUUUUCUUUCGGUAGGGAUAGGGAAAUUGGUGUUAUAAGAUGAUUGGAAAAUGGGGAUUACAGUUGAUUCUUUGCACUUGGGUCUUGGGGUGCCUCUUUUGUUUUCUUUCUUCUCUAACAUGAUUUGGGAAUGGGCCAAAUCUCCAGCAGUGAAAGCCUCGUGUAGUGAUAAAUGGGCUAGCGGGCACUUUCGUGAAAAGAGAAAAGAAAAAGUAGGGUUAUUGACAUUUAUUAAGCUCCUGUUGUUUAUUUGUUUCUAGUCCUUGAGUGAAAUUUUUUUACCUGGAUACGUAAGUCAAAGUAGGGGUGAGAAACCGUGUGGUUUAUCACUUAGAAAUCGAGUGUUGUAUCGUUUUUCACUGGUAAACCGCACCGUGUAGCGUGGUGAACCUCAACUGAAUAAGAUAAGAAUAACCAAUCGUGACUGCACCGCAAAUGGUUUGCAAUUAACCACUAGCUGCACAUUUAAGUAAGUGGUUAACCGAGGUAGUAAUCGAAAAGGUCACUAUGAGGUCUAUGGAAUAAGGUAGUUGCCACUCCUCACUAGCUAUCGAUUCCCCUCGUCUCUCGACUCUAUUCAUCACUCCAGUCUCCAGGCUGGCAGGUCUCUACUCUCUAGUAACCCUAGGAAAGGAUUUUGUUUCGCAAUUUGGGAAAACAACGUCAAAAUGUAGAAGACGAUUGACGAAUUGAGAGUAACGAAAAUGGAAUUGGUGGAUUCUUGGAGGCUAGAAGUGUCGAGUUGGGGUGAAUGGGACGCUAGGCGGGCUGGUGGUGGUAGGGCCUGUCAGCCUGAGGUGUAGCUCUAGCGUUGGCUUGUUGACUACUAUUUUAGUGUUGUUAGUGAAUCAACCAUGAUUUUAUUC